CCUGUAUAAAUUCCACUCCCGCAACACACAAUUCAAGCAAAUUUUGGUUCACCUGGCUAGAAUUCAGAGUUUGAGUCUCAGCAGGAUCAAUGGCCACACAACGUGGGUUCCGUUUUCCACCGCAGACUCAGGACAGGCAGCCUGGGAAAGAAUAUCUUAUGCACCCACUUCCCGAAUUCUUAAACCCUCAAUACAAGCCCUCUAACAAGCUCCUUGGAAAAGUAGCUCUGGUGACAGGGGGCGACUCUGGUAUUGGAAGAGCUGUAUCCUACUAUUUUACUUUAGAGGGUGCAACUGUGGCCUUUACAUAUGUGAAAGGCCAAGAGGAUAUGGACACGGAUCACACGCUAAAGAUAUUAAGCGAAUCAAAGGCAGAAGGAGCAAAAGACCCCAUUGCCAUACCAACUGAUGUUGGAUUCGAAGAAAAUUGCAGGAGUGUUGUUGAUCAAGUUAUGGCUGAAUACGGACACAUUGAUAUUCUGGUGAAUAAUGCCGCUGAACAAUAUUAUUCUACCACCAUUGAAGAUAUCACUGAAACAAGGCUUGAGAGGGUGUUUAGAACCAACAUUUUUGGUCAGUUCUUCAUGACCAGGUAUGCUUUACAGCACAUGAAACAAGGGAGCUGUAUCAUCAACACCACAUCUGUCGUAGCCUAUGCUGGCUAUUCAGGGUUGCUGGACUAUAGCUCUACUAAAGGAGCCAUUGUAGCUUUCACUAGGAGUCUGUCCCUGCAGCUUAUUGACAAAGGAAUUCGUGUCAAUGCUGUGGCGCCAGGUCCUGUCUGGACGCCACUGCAACCGGCGUCUUUGCCUGCUGAGAAGAUUGCAGCCUUAGGAAGUGAGGUACCAAUGGACAGGGCAGCACAGCCUUAUGAGAUUGCACCUUCUUAUGUCUUCUUGGCUUCCAAUGAGUGUUCCUCCUACAUCACUGGCCAAGUCUUACAUCCUAAUGGUGGUUACAUCGUGAAUGCUUGAUUCUGGUUGUGGGUUCCUUCCGCCUAUAAUUUCUUAUGUUUUCUUUGCCAGUGGCAGUAUGUAUAUGUCUUAAGCUCUUAAUAUAUAUCUGUGUUCUCUGAAUUCGGUUAAAUGGAGAGACAGGAGAAUGUCUGAAUUGGGCUUUGGUCAAUAAGGAAUAUGAAGUUGAUGUCAUCUUAUAGCAUAAUAAUUGUAACAAUCUUUGAUCUACUAUAUAUAAUUAAUUUAUCUCUCUUCGUUUAA